ACCACACUCUGAUAAAAGCAUUUCUCCUUUGCUGAGAGCGUGGACAACAUGUCACACUUUCUGAGCGUCAGAGGUAAUGUGGUUGAAACUUCAAAGUUAUGGUGAAGCUGCCACACAUUAUUAAAUAUGUUUUUUACAAGGUCGCAGCGCGACUCGUCAACUUGCUUGGCAGCAACGGCGACAACAGCAUCAGGUGCCUCAAUCGCGCAACUCUCUUAAAAAUUGAUGACAUGUCUGAACGCGCAGUUCACGGCGGGAAACUGGGGCGCUAUAACGUAAAAUGAUUCUAAACUGUUUUGAUUCCAAAUCCACGAUCGCCGCUCGCUGAUUGGCUCAUAUUUCCAAGGCCGCGCCCACUUCACCGGUGCGUCAAGCGACGUCACGAAACCGCAAAAACUGACACGUCAUAGUGACGUUUACGCACUACUUAUGCUUAAUUAUGCCAAUCAAAACAGGAAACAUCACGGAAUCAUUGGUGAGUGACCUGUUCCGUUUGGAAUAAAAAAUGGCGGCGUUUUUGCUGGUGUUGGCGGCGGCGGCUCGUCAGCUCGGGCGGAAGCGCGGAAGCAGGGAGGCCGAGGACGCGUUUGACAUGCCAGACGACGUGUUUCGGCAGCACUUUCGUCUGAGGAAGGAAACUGUGCAGUGGCUGUACGACGAAGUGGCAGAGGAGCUCGGAGGCGUGCAAUCAACAGCGCUGUCGGUUGGACGACAAGUGUUGUGUGCGUUGCGUUUCUUCACGACGGCAGCUUUCAGGGGUCCGUUGGGAGCGAGGAGACGAUUGGCGUGACGCAGCCUGCGGUCAGCAAGUGCAUGCGACACGUGGCGGAGGCAAUCGUCCACGCCGGGACUCGCAACAAGUGGGUCCACUUCCCGAGGACGUCGGCGGAAAAGGCGGCCAUGAAAGAAGGGUUCCUUCGAUGCGGCGGCAUUCCCGGCGUCAUCGGCGGCGUGGACGGCAGCCUUAUUGCCAUCAUAGCACCGAAGCGCGACAACAAGGCAGCAUACAUGUGCCGGAAAGGCUUCUAUGCCCUUAACAGCAUGUUCAUUUGCGAUGCAGGCAUGCGGGUUCUGGCCGUCGACGCUGUGCGACCGGGGUCGGAUCAUGACGCAUACGUCUGGAGAACGACGCGUUUGUGUCGUCGUUUACAGGAGGGACACAUUGCCAAGGCCAGCGAGCACCUCCUCGGUGACAGCGGCUACCCCCUGGAACCAUGGCUCCUGACUCCGGUCCCAGGCCAUCCUCCCGCUCACACUGCAGAAGGCAGGUACAACACUGCACACGCUUCCAUGCGGUCCGUAGUGGAGCGCUGCAUUGGACUUCUGAAGAGCCGCUUCCGCUGCCUUCAGAGGUACCGUGCCCUCCACUAUGAACCAGACCGCGCAGCCAACAUCGUUGCAGCGUGUGCAGUGUUGCACAAUUUGUGUCUUGAUGAAGGUGACAGUGCGUUUGAUGAGGUUGAUGAUGAUUACAGAAGCAACAGCAGCAGUGACGAUGGAAACGGUGGCCCCCUCCCACAGGUAGUUCCACGAGCGAGGGCAGCACGCAUACCUGAAAAGAUGUGCUGCCCGUGACAAUGUAAUUACAUUAUUCGGAACCACACGACAGCAGUACCAGCACUACCUGCGAAGGGUGCGAAGGCGGCUGCGUCGGCAGCAGCAGUAAACGUGCCUGCAGUGUCAGGCACAUAUGCCUAAUAAAGAGAAGGAACCAACGUGAAGGCGCAUUGGCAAUGAGUGGAUAGCGUAGUGUUUUUUUUUUAUAGAAUUUGCUAAAUUACCACCAUUGCUUUCACAUAGCCUGUACCAAUGAGCUGUUACAACUGGAGACGACUGCAUCAUUCCACUGCGACACUACUUAGUAGCUGUGGAUAGACAACGUUGUGGUCAUUAGCAGAAUGUCGUAGCCACUUCUCUGGGCAGCAGCAGUUUGCUGAUUGAAUUGCUGCUGUUGCUACUGUCAUCUUGAUGCAUUUAUCUACUGGCAUCACCGCCACUGCCACCGCCGUCUGCACUGUGCAUGGGAGAAUAUUGGACUUCGUCUCCUCGCUUCCUGCUUGGGCUGCAGCAAAGCACAGCACUUUUCGCUCCAUCAUAUGUACUGUUCUCGCACACCUUGCAGGCCCUGCACAGCUUCGCCACACAGCCUCUGCACAGUUCCUUUUCAACAGGCCAAGUCGUGCUGACACAGAUCGCCUGGCAUGUCAAGCACAUGAUGCUCUCUUGGAUGUACAUUCAUUUGUACAUAGUUGUAUAAUUGUACAUAUAUUUGUAAAAAGUGAUAUAGAGUGCCAGUGAUGUACAGUGCAGUCCACAUAUAAUGAUACCACAUAUAACGAUAUAUCGGUUAUAACAAUGAGUCGAGCUAAGAGUAUCAACUUAUGCAUUAGGGCAAUGAGAAAAAAAACCAUAUAUAACGAUAUGUUAUUCACUGCAUAUCGGAUAUAACGAUUGAAAUUUUGCUUCUGGGCGGUGUUUUUCAUGCAGAAUAAUCAGGAAAAUUGCGUUCCUACGUUGCCUUCAACCAAGACGGGGCGAAAAGUUUGCCUACGCGAGUUCGUAUCUGCCGCCAUUACCGCGCAGCGCAUCCCGCCCGCGCGCCAAUUGCGGAGAGCAUCGCAAGUUGGGAAAGCGUGCACAAGAUGGCGCCAGCUGCUUCGCCCCCGCGUGUCACCGGCGGUCGCGCGAGGAGAGGGCGGAAAAAAGGCGAUAAGCGAAGGCAACGCCUCCUCUGGCGAGGGGCACCUGCACUCCCUGCCGCGCGCUCUCUCAACGGAAGCAGCGGCAGGUGCGCCCCUUGAGACGAAACUGAUUUUGCAAGAGGGGGGAGAAAGCGAUAAGCAAGCGGCGCCUGCGCGGCCUGCGCUCCCUUUACAUUCUCCCUCUCUCAGCGAGCGCGGAAAUGCACCGCGGAAGCAGCGGGAGGUGCGCCGACAAAGCGCAAAGCUGCGUCUCUCGAGACGAAGCUGCAAAUUUUGCAAGACUCGGAAGUACGAGCUCGCGCAGUGGAUGAUAUCGACGAUUGUGAAAACCGGGUGCGCCACGAUCAUGAAGGCUAGAAGCAGUGUCCAUGCCGAUCAACGGAAAAGGCGGACUUUGUGCGCCGGGACGAAACCAACAUGGGUGAAACCAACACGGUGGAAGCCGCUGGCAUUGCCGAACUCUAGGAAGAUGUCGCUACUGACGAUCAUAAAGGCGGUGUUUCGAUGGAGGAGUUUGUAAGUGCUGAUAGUGCUGCCUCAUUCUGCGAAGAGAACUCCGACAGGGUGAUCGUUGUCGCGACAGACGGCGGCGUUGUGCGACAGCGGCGACGACAGCAGCAGCAGUGACGACGAGAUUGACAAUGGCCCGUCUUUGACACCGACCCCGAGGUUCAACCAAAGUGCAACGUCGUCGAUCGAGUCGCUCAUUGAAUUCAUGCACGCUAAAUUAUAGCUGCCAGUGUUCGCGCAGCAGAUGGACGCGAUGUACACGGCGGCUGUGUAUCCGAAACUUCCGCGAAAGCAAGUGCAGAUUUCUAUUUCAGCGUGCCUAACGAUUGAGACGCUAUUUAGAGCUAUAAAUAAAAGUUUUAUUUUUCACCGCCUACUUUCUACAACGUCGAUUUUUUAAUCGCAAGUGGCAGUUUCGGUUUCGGGACUGCACAGGUAUUUUCAGCAUUUUUUUUUUUUCGGCAGUCCAGAUAUAGCGAUGAUCGGUUAUAACAAUCGGAUUUCUCAUUUUUCUUGAUAUCGUUAUAAGUGGACUGCACUGUACUUGAAACUCGUUCCUUCACGUCCCUACGCUAAAUGAACAAUUGCAACACAUCUUCAGUUUCGUGUUUAUUCAAAGUGAAUAACAGUUAUCAU